GCCUUCUUCACUCAUACCGUCAGACGGCAUUCUGAAGCUCGCUCCAGAAUCUCGAUAAUUUAUCCGAACUUCUAGCUUCUGCUUCAAUGGCUGUCACAUUCUCCGACUUGAGCUCUCCUGCUGGUUUGGAUAGUUUAGAUGCCUACCUCCUAAGCAGGAGUUACAUUACUGGUUACCAAGCUUCCAAGGAUGAUCUCACUGUGUUUUCUGCUGUACCUAAAGCAUCUUUGGCUUCGUAUGUCAACGUAUCUAGGUGGUACAAACAUAUCGAUGCGCUUUUGAGGAUCUCUGGCGUGUCUGGUGAGGGAUCAGGUGUUACUGUUGAAGGUAAUGCUCCUGCUUCUGAUGUCGCUACACCUCCAGCAGCUGACUCUAAGGCUUCAGCUGCUGAUGAUGAUGACGACGAUGAUGUUGAUCUUUUUGGGGAAGAGACUGAAGAGGAGAAGAAGGCUGCUGAAGAACGAGCGGCUGCUGCUGCUGCUAAGCCUGCUAAGAAGAAAGAAUCGGGCAAGUCAUCGGUCUUGUUGGAUGUGAAGCCAUGGGAUGAUGAAACAGACAUGAAGAAGCUUGAGGAAGCUGUCAGAAGUGUUCAACAGGAGGGAUUACUUUGGGGAGCAUCUAAACUUGUUCCAGUUGGAUAUGGUAUCAAGAAACUAACGAUCAUGAUGACCAUUGUCGAUGAUUUGGUGUCUGUCGACAAUUUGAUUGAAGACUAUCUGACAGUCGAGCCAAUCAACGAGUAUGUCCAGAGUUGUGAUAUUGUAGCAUUCAACAAAAUCUGAGAGGCUUGUUGAUAUGCAUCAUCUUCAACUAAAUUUUUAUCCUGUAUUUUGUUUGGUCUAAUGCUGCGAAAUAUGGUUUGUGCCUAUGUGCUGAGUUGUUUAUGUCAAAGAGAUUUUAUUUCUUUUUGAUCGAAGGAGUCGUAAUUAAGCAUGAUAUUAUGUUCUUUAUUGCCUGUGUCCCAUAUUUUUAAUAUUAAACCCAAAGCAAAAAGACACCUACUUGAGAGUUUGGGUAUUUAAGAAUGAGAAUUGGUCAGCAUAAAUGUAAA